AUGAUAAAUAUUUUUUUAGAGAAACAAAGAACGCGUCGCCGGAGAAAAGAAUGGUUGCAAAAUGUAAUAGAAAAGGGCGAAAUCAAUAUCGAUGAGGAGGAAGAACCUGAAGAUGGUGUCCGUGCGACCUCCAUUGCAUUAAUUUCGACAGAUGCAGUCAGCGAAACGCUCGAUCAGGGUCGUACGCAACCGGGGGCUAAAAGAGUUAAAACAACGAAAGCCCUUGAAGAGGAUCGAGAAAUUAAGGAAGAUGAGGACGAACCGGAGCUGCCUGAAAAGCCUAGCCUAAUCUUCGCCACAGGAAAGAAAUUGAUCCCCCCUCUGAUUAACAGAUUCUGUUCCAGACGAUACACCGGCACCCCACUGGAAGAGAUGGACGACUUCUACAGGAAUAAAAGGGUAAGUCAGAAGUUAUGGUUGGUUUCGAGCCAACGCCUUGGUUCAGUAUACGGUUGCAUUUUGCUGUGGGAAAUUCGAAGGGGAUGAUAUUGGAAUUUACUUACUUUCGUGUUACUGGACGUAAUGAGGAAAAUAACAUUGUAUUUUGGCACACAUUACCAUUUGGGCGGUAAUCAGUAGUCAUGGUAACUGCGAACAAACACUGAUUGCAUAUUGAGCGACAUAGCUGGUUAGGUUCGAGCUGAGCGCAGAAGUGGACUUGACAGUGAGAGACAAAAUCUAUACGUAUGGCACCUUAGAUCGAUAACUGAUAUCUCAUUAACAGGCUGGAUAAGCAGAUUAUAAGUGGUAGUUCAAACUCCCCAUCAAAAGGCACGCUAUAUGAAUGCCUGUCGAAGCGUCGAAGUAUCAAACGAGAAUCAUUGUUAACAGAUGAAAACCAAUGCAUAUAUAUAAUACAUGAGCAGUCCGCCAAGACUGCAACAGGCCAGACGCAGACAGCUGUUUCACGGUCAUUACCGAUCAUGAGUACGUCAUAGGCCUUAUGAGGUGAGGUAAAUACGCAUGUCUGAGACUGGCCUCUUGCACUCUUAGCGAGCUGCCUAUGUAUUGUAUGUGGUAUGUGUCCUAUGACAUAGCAUUCGUUGUCGCCAGUAGCAAGUUGGCGGGUGGACAGAAUGGGAUCGAGUGAGAUCCUAACCACAACAUAGAGGGUCAAACGCCCACUUGACAUGCAUAUAUAUAUAUAUAUAUAUAUUGACGCGAUCGAAUCAACAACGGCGAGUUAAAAGUCAUGACUGGGGAGGUUGCCGACUGACGGGAUGGCUCGGUCUAGGUGGGAGUCUCUGGAGAACUGAGGGUCAGACAUCAUUGCCUGCUCACUGUGGCCUCAAUGGCACCCCCACUGGUGUGAGGCCCGAGUUCACCUUACUGUAUUCUGUUACAUGUGGUGGGGACCGAGUCGUGUGUGACACAUUUAGACUGUUUGCAUAGCCUUGCCAGCCUCCAAACACCCGCGUCUAACUCCGGUCGGUUUGCCCUUUCUUGCCGUCUGAUCCAGGUGGAUGAGACAGGAGUGCAGUAGAUACGUGCAAGUCUCCCCCUAUAAACUAAUUCACGCGCAAAUCUUGUGCGCUGCGCCUACUCCGUGGGGUGCAAUGUUGAUGUCAUCGUCCGCGAUGGUCGAACUGUCAAUGCAACUUACAGGAAAAAUAUUUCGAUAUGCGUAAAGAUUCGAGGUCCAGACAUUGUAUCGCGUUCAUCAUCUCCCGAAGAAGACGAAGAAGAAGAGAGGGCGAAUCCGUGGACCAUAUUGUAUUCGAACUGACGUUUCGGAAACUUCCUCGUUUCCAUCAUCAGAGUAGCGUAAUUGUUGCACUUGCGGGUCUUGAGUUAUUCAGUCUUGCCGCCUGCCUCGUAUUAUAGCCGUGCUGGACGCACGAACUUUGACCUGCCUGUUUGCCGCUGACUGGCUUAGACCUCCCCGGAGCUGACCGCUGAUAGGCCUGCGUGACCAUUGUUCCCUUUGGGGUCGGCUUAGUUGUGGUCAAAUCAACGUGCCGCUUGGCCCCUCCCACGUCAGCCGGUGGACUGAUCGGUCGUUGCUGUUCAGGUGAGCAGCAUUCAGCUUCGCGGGCGCAUAGGUGAGACAGUGUUCGGCUUUGGUCACAUGACCUCUGGCCCCCAAUUCCGCUCUUUUCCGUGAGCGUUGACUCUUGGUCCCGCGUGCUCGCUUGCCUUACUGGUCCUGUCCGGACUGAUCCGAGCCUUGUACGCAGUGCUUGGUAGGCGGGAUGUAGAUCUAUAGCUCGGUUGAGUGUACCAGUCGAGGACCAACUUUCGAGCACCAGUCUGGCCAUCUUCUCAUUGGCUCGACCAAUUACCCUCGCUUUCUCAAAGGCAAAAUUGUGGUUCAGUUCUCGUAUGUGGAAAAAUAUUGUACUCGCUCGUUCUCAUGCAUCCGUUUUAGUGGGGCUUAGAAGUUCAAAAGCCAUACCUCUAGAACUUGACGACCAUGAGGAAGGUGGGCCAAUUUUUUCAGGUUGGUAAUGUGAUCAAGUGGACAGUAGAAUUCUGCAGAAAGUGAGCGCGGUCCAAGCAAUGUGGCUGAAAACUUUUACAGGUUAUGCUAGAUAAACUUUAAAAUCUAUACUAAAUUAACCUAAGUAAAGCUCUUCACUGAAUUUUACUUUUGAUGAUGGCGUAUUUGCGUUAUACGGGGUCAUUUCUAGUUGCUUAAAAUCUGCCAUUAAAAGCACUAAUAACAGCUGUCAACGAAAGUGAACGAAGUUAGUUGUGCCCAUUCGCCUAAAGUUCUAUUUGAGACGUGCCAUCUCGGGUUUCCGAAACGUUGACCUGUUUAAGGCUGUAUCCCCAUCUCAGCUAAUUAGGACAGAGCUAUUCAGUAUAAAAGAUAACUUGAAUGUCUUUUUCGCAUUAUAGAGUUUUGUCGUAAUAAGCGGGGACAAAACGAUAUUUCGUCUGAGCCUUACCCCCUCACUCUUCGUCUUUGGUCCAUUCAAUCCGAUAAGACUGGCGGCCAUCUAUGCCAUGGUUCAUCCAUAUCCUUUUCCAACUCUUCAUAAGGCCUGCUCUGCUUUUUGA